ACAGUGUUGAUGUGCCGAGGGAAGGCCAUGCAGGAUUUUAAAGGUCCAGACUGUCGUUUUGUCAAUUUUAAGAAAGGAGAAGCAGUGUAUGUGUAUUACAAACUAAUAGGGAAAUCAACUGAGCUUUGGGCUGGAAGUGUCGGAAGUGAUUUUGGAUAUUUUCCAAAGGAUUUACUUGAAAUAAAUCAUAAUUAUACCAAUGAGGAGCUAGAAUUACCAACAGAUGAAACAGAUUUUGUUUGUUUUGAUGGCGGAAGGGAUGAUUUUGAUAAUUAUAAUGUGGAUGAACUUUUGAAGUCAUCAGGAGAGACCAUAGCAAACGAAAGGGAAACAGAAUUGAGCGAUCCAGGGACAAAACCAGUUGAAGGAAUCAAAACAGAUGAAGAGAUGGAAGAGGUUGAUACAAUGAAGUCCCGUGAUGCUUUGGAGGCAGACAAUCUUGAGCUAAGCACAGAGGAAGAUGAGGAAACCCUUGCUAUGACAGAGGAAAUAGACAGUCCUCUUACAGAAGGAAUUGAAAAUACUGGGGGAGACCCCAGUGUAAACAGUCAUGAAGAAAACUCUCAGGGAGCUCAAAUUGCACAUGAGCACUUGAAAGGAAUGCUACAUGAGAAACUAAAAGGGCUAGAAAGUGAAAAUACCAAAAACACUAGUAUUCUUCAGGGUGAAAUCAGUCAACUUGACAAAGAGAGUGAAGAAGUCAAUGCCUAUACGCUUUUAAACAGAGAGCUGUCUGUGAACUUGAAAACAAAAUUUGGCUCCACUGCUGAUGCUGUUGUAUCUGAUGAUGAGGUGACUAGCCUUGUUACAUCACUGGAAGAUGAUUUUAAUGAAGAUUUGAGCAUUGAUGCUCCUUAUACAGAGGAGGAACAAGACUUUGCAGAGCAGUCUGAAGAAAUCCCUUUGCUGUCGUUUAUGGCAGAAGAAGAAAUUGUAUCCCUAGAGGAUUCAGAAGCUGAUGAAAACAAUGGCAUUGAGUCACCAAAUGAUGCUACAGAGCUAAAUAACCAAAGAGAUGAUGAGAAAAAAUAUGAUUCAGAUGCAUUAAUUCUUGAGGAUGCCUUCAGUGAGAGCAGGAGGUCAGGUGACAAUAUAAAUGUGGAUAGGUCUGAAUCUGUAGAAACAAAGGAGAAGCAGGAAGAGGUAAUGCUAAUAAGUAAAAAAGAAGCAGCAGCAACACCCCAGCUUGAGGAUCUCUCCAAUGAGCUGCUUAUAAAGGAACCUAGAGUUGCAGGUGAUCCUGGUUCAAAGGGAAAACCAAACAAAACUGAACAGUUUGAAGAACAGCUCGUGGAUGGUGGGAUUGAAUCACAUACUAAAGAGCUGAAGAGUACAUCUGUGCCUGAUUCCCAUGUUUUCCCUAGUCCAAGAGAUGAAUCAUCUAUUAAAAGCAAGCAAGACGCUUUAAAACCAUCCCUCGGUGACAUCAACAGAAGUCCAGAAGGAGUGCCACUUGCUGAAACAAUUGAAGAGGAGGAAAACAUUGAGGAUGGGAUCUUGGAGGAGGAGAUCUUCGAAAGUGAUUUGAAGCACAGAAUGGUAUGGGAGAAAACAAAGGAGAAAGGAAGAGCAGAGGAUAAGCCUUCUGUUGAUGUUCCAGCCAAACCAGUGGAAGAGGUACAAAAUGCAUCUCGGUAUGACUUGGGAGAUGCUGACCCCUUAAAAGACAAAAUGGAGCGUGGAAUGCCUGCUGUGGAGAAAGAAGUUCUGAAACAUGAAGAUUUAAAACAAAUAGGGGAGGCUGAUCAGGAAAAUCUAAAAAAUAUCCCUUUUAAAGAAGAACCUGAAAUAAAAGGGGUAAACGUGAAAGAAAGCCCUACAGGAGAGAGAGACCCAAACCAUCAGCACGUGAGCAGAGGAGCUGUCGAGCAACCUAGGCCAUGGGAAAACGAGACACAGUAUUCAGAGGCAAAUGUGAAAGAAGAGCUUUCAAGAAAUCUUGGCGAGGCUACAGUAUUUGUAGAAAGCAUUCAGAAAAGUUCUCCUGAAGAAGAACCAAAAGGCACCACACAGAAUACUAAUACAGAGAAUUUUACUCAGCAGGGAACUAAUCAUACUGAGGAUGGAGAUUCAGACAGUGAUCUUGGCACACAUUUAGCUAGAGAAAAAACACAAAGACAAGAAUUCCCAUCUGAAGAGUUGGAUGCUGAAGAAGACUCUGAUCUGAAACAAGCAGAGGAAGAGCUAUUGGAAGACGAGAAUGCUGCUAGUGCAAAGUUGUCACAAGCAAGACUUGCAAAUGUACAGCGUAAUAAACUAAAUAUGAAAAGUACAAACCCUGAAUUAGAAAUUCUAAGUGAAGCUGUUUCAGGAACUGCUAAUCCUAGUUACAAAACUGAUGAAAUGGGAGAAGAAACAAAUGCGUUUCCUGAGGAAGCAAAGAAAAUGAUCAGCGUGCAAGAUGCAAUUGAGACUGCGAACAAAGAGGAUGAUGUACAAGUCAGUGAAGACUCUGAACUGGAUGGAAUGGAACAUGUCAAGGAAGAUGAUGAGGAGUCUUCUGAAGCUGAAGAACCAUCAGCUGUGGAAGAACAUAAUUUCAAAUCUCCUGAAACAGAAGACAGUGAUGACUUUAACCAAAGGAAAGAUCCUCUCCCGGGGGGGGGUUUGCAAAAAGACUUAAAAGAGAUGCAAAAUUUAGAGUACGCAAGAAAUGAUCACCAGCACUCUGCACAUCUUCCCAGCCCCGCUGAUGUCUCAGCAACAACAAAAGACACCGUCACAUCAGAAUAUAGUGAGUCUGUGAAACGGCUCGCAAUAAUGAGGGAUUUCCUUGAUGAAAAGCGCGUAGCACGUUUACAAAAGUACCUUGGGCUCGAACAUGUGGUUAGGCUAGAAGCCAUGUUUCAGGACAUGAAGAUAGAGUUGGAGCUUGCUCGGAAGGCAAGUCAUAAUAAUGAAGAUAUAGAAAAAGCUUUGGACCAGAUACUUGAAUUUUCAGAAUCUAGUAUUAUGGAUGUUGUAGGAAAAGUUCUAGAUUCCAGGGUGGCAGAAAAUAAAGAGGAGGUGGUGAAAGAGAUGGAUUUGUAUGAUGAAGAGAGUGCGCUGAUGGAUGAUAUUCAAGAAUUAAUAUACUCUUUAAGGAGCAAAUACUCAUCUGCUAGUGAGAGUGUCCCACUUGCAGCUGUUCCAGAACAGGAAGAAGAUUACCCACUCCAUGAUAAAGAUGCUGCAAAAGAAACUGAACAUGAUAGAGUUCCCUUCAGGAACCCAAAUGCCAUUGAGAGCAAUCAGAUAUUUCAGCAACCUGAAGAUAAGAGGCCAGUUCUGCCUAUUGAAAAGGAGGAGCAAGCUGUUAACAUUCCACCUGAGCACGAAGAGGCCAUCUUCUUGGAUAACAGAGAUGCCAAGGAAGGGUACGACAAUGAAAGACGACUGCUGCCAGCAGAAGCUCCCUUUGGGUCAAUUGAUUCAGGACAGAGUACCAGGGAAGAUAUUGCUGCAGAUUAUUACUGUCAGUUGGUUGCCACCCUGCCUGAGGAUAUCCGUCCUGGGCCUGAUUUCCAUGGACUUCCAUGGGAGCCUAUCAUUAUGACUGCCUUAGUGGGAAUUACUACGCUUGCUAUAAUCUUCUGGAGAACCUGCCUUUCAGUAAAGAGUAGAAUGUAUCAAGUGACUGAAAAGCAACUUGCUGAAAAGAUUAAAAACCUUCUACAAGAAAAAACAGAAAUCUUAGAAAAGAUGUCAGAAUACGAUAAAAAGAUAAAGGAAGCAAAGGAAUCAGUGAAAGUGGCCCAGGAACAAAAAAGCGUGUUCUCAGAUGAAGCUGCAGAACUUAAGGAUACUGUCAAAGGGCUAGAAGAAACAAAUCGUCUGCUGGAUGACAAAGUAAAAAACCUGCACACAAUGCUUGAAACUGAGAGAAAACAGAACGAGAAGAAACAGAGCAAGAUCUCUGAAACCCAGAAGUCCUUGGAGAAACUUCAAGAAGUUAUCAGUGUGCAUUCUGUAGAGCUUUCAGAGGUGCAGAUAGCCCUUAACGAAGCUAAACUAAAUGAAGAAAAGGUGAAAUCUGAGCUUCGUCACGUGCAGGAAGAGAACGCUAGGCUGAAAAAGAGCAAGGACCAACUGCUAAAAGAAGCUGAAGGUUGGAGUGAGAGACAUACUGAGCUCAGUGAGCAAAUUAAAUUGUAUCAGAAGUCUCAGAAAGAUAUAGAAGAAGCACUCGCCUACAAGGAAAAUGAAAUUGAAGUUUUAACUAACUGCAUUAUGCAGCUGAAGCAGCUUGAUGUAGCUCCUGCCUCUGAGGCUAGGAAGGAUGGUGAAGGGCAUGAAUGGAGUACAGGAGACGAUCUGGCCAAUGGAGAGUUACCAGAUAAUGAGAGUGAGAAGAUGAAGACUCAGAUUAAGCAGAUGAUGGAUGUCUCCAGGGUAAAAACUAUGUUAUCCAUAGUUGAAGAAGAUAGAGAUCUUCUACAAUCCAAACUGAGUGAUGAAGUAACAGCAAGACAUGAGCUGGAAGAGCAAAUCAAAAAAUUAGAACAUGACUCCUGUUCACUGCAGUCAGCCAAAGCUCGUCUGGAAAAUGAGUGCAAAACGCUACAGCAGAAAGUGGAGAUUCUCAGUGAACUCUACCAGCAGAAAGAGAUGGCGCUCCAGAAAAAGCUGACGCAGGAAGAGUAUGAGCGCCAGGAGAAGGAGCAGAAAUUGUCUGCUGCAGAUGAAAAAGCAGUGCUGGCCGUUGAGGAAGUGAAAGUUUACAAGCAAAGGAUUCACGAUAUGGAAGAAGAAUUGCAGAAAACAGAGAGAUCUUACAAAAAUCAGAUUGCUGCUCAUGAGAAAAAGGCACAUGACAAUUGGCUUAUUGCCCGCUCUGCUGAGAGAGCUCUGGCUGAAGAAAAAAGAGAAGCAGCCAACCUGAGGCAAAAGUUAAUAGAAGUGAACCAAAAAAUUGUCAUGCUUCAAAGACCAUUAAUUGUCAAGCCAACUCCAGGCAGACCUGAUCGCCAGGUCCCGCCACGAAGAGGGCCCUUAAGCCGAGAUGGAUCUUUUGGCCCAUCGCCUGUGAGCGGGGGAAAUCCUUCCCCCACACAGAUGAUGGAAGUUUCUGGUCGUCCCCUUUCUGCUCCUCGAAGGGAAGGCUCAAGAGGUGAAUUUGGUACAGUGGUAGAUGGCCCCUCCGCUCCACGAAGGCCACUAGAGCUAUCUGGAAGGAUGUCAGUUCCUGAUCUCGGGCCUGCGGUAGCAUCCCUCAUCAGUAGUGUGCCAAGAACCUCCUCCCCUUCUGCAGCAAUGGAUGGAGUGGCUAACAUUAGUCCGAAAGGCCCACCUUCUUUCCCUGGGACACCUAUCAUGACCUCUCCAGUGAUGGGACCUCCACCUCCACCACCUGUUCGAUAUGGACCUCCACCAGCUCCUCUCCGUGGGCACUUUGGGCCUCGACCUCUUCCUGGGCCCCUAGUUCGUGGAGCUCCCUUACCACCUCCAGCUGUGCGAGACUACUUACCUGGCCCACCGUUAGGAAUGAGAGAUCUGCCUCCUGGCCCACUACCGCCUCCAGAUCCAAGAGGAUAUGGACGUGGGCAUCCUUCUUUUCGACCUCUUGGUCCUCAUGGCCCAAGAGAUUAUCCUCCAGGCCCACGGCUACCCCCACCUGGCUCAAGAGACUAUACACCUUCUCCUAGUAGAGACUUGCCUCCAUCAGGACCUAGAGACUACCCAGCAGGCCCUCCACCACCACCACCUGCAGGCUCAAAGGACUAUACACAGCCUCCAGCACAGAAACCCUAACUGCAGUGUCUGAUCAGCAGCUCAGUGGAACAGACUCUAGCGCACUUCCUGCAGUCAGGACUUUAGAAAAUGGUUCUCUGUUUGAAGCCAUUUGUCUCAUUUCAGUAUAUUUCAGCUUUCGCAGGAUUAAUUUUUAUCCAAUUGCUACAGACAUCUUAUGUGCAUUUAUGAUCACCUUAAACUCAUCCAUCCUCUUGGGCUGCAAGAACUUUUUUGUGAUGGACUUGAACCUACUCUAAACGUGCAAUAGGAAGGAAGUACCUGUGUGGCUAGUUUUAAUUAAAUGUAGCCUCUGUAACCAGUUGGUGAAUGAACUAAUUUCAUGAAAAAUGUAAAUCAAAUCAUUUCCUGUGGAAAUAAUUUUUAAGUAAAAUGUUAUCUUACCUGCCUUCUCCAUCACAUCAUUAAGCUGCAGUUAUUGUAGACCAGGGGUUUACAUAAGGACUGUAAGAACUUUUUUUAAAAAAAAAAAAAAAAAAGAUGUCUGGUCAGAGAUCAGAAGCACAAAUGACACUGUAUUCAAAGGAAAGUUAUAAUAAAAAGCAAAAUUCCUUUUGCUAAACCCUCAA